CUGCUCUAGGAGGAGGCAAACCCCCCUGACUUCUGUCUGCAGAGUGCUGAUUGCUCCUGUGCUGAUUUCAUGCACUCCCCCCCCCCCCAAAAAAAAAAAACCUCUCUAGCAAUACACACUAAACUGAGCAUGUGCAGAAUGCCUAUGGUUCAGUCUGUCUUAUCAGGUCAUAAGACGAGGAGCAGAGAAGACAGGAUCAAAUGGCCUUUUUCCACAAUGCAGAGGAUUAACCCCUUAGGUUUCCCAGUGAGUAUAACAAGCAUGCUUUACUGCAUAUACAGACUGAUUUGCUGUUGUUGGUUU